AUAAGAUUAGCUUAAGGGAGUGGGAUUCGAUCCAGGGAUCUAAGGCAUAGUAUUGACAAUACACAUGAAAGUCACAUCACAAGAUGUUCUAUUUGAAGCCACCCACAGGUAUAACAUCCCUUGAAGGCCUGGAAACCAUUUGUACAAAACGACUGGAGUUCCUACUGCAACUGGAUGAGUGCAACUCUGCAGUACAGACAAAGGACUUGGUUGAAUUGGUGUCAACAAUGGAAGGGGGAGACUGCCUGAUUGAGUGGACCAAGAAGGACAGGAUCUCACAUUUCCUUUUGAGGAUGGCCUGCUGCAACAACCAGCUAAUGAAGACCACAUUCCUCAAGGCAGAAGCUGCGCUGUUCCAGUACCGCUUCACCAGCAUGACUGAGGACGAACUUGCAUUGUUUUUCACAUACACAAAACGAGAAUUGCGACACAUAAAAUGUGACUCGGAAAAUCAGAAUUUUUCCCAACUUAUAACAAACACAAACAUUUUAAAAUCAAUUAUUUAUCCAUAUGAGGCAAAAGAUUUGAUAAAAUUAUACUUGGAGUGUGGACAUUUGGAGUCAAAAUGUAGUAGCUUCUUAACAUUGCCAUUUCAAUUUGUAACAGACUUGGUUGCUAAGCGACAAGUGUUGCUUAGCAGCGGUGUUGCCAUGGUACCCUGUGAUAAGCUGCAUUGUAUCCUGAAGUCACUAUUCUGUGAAAUUUUGAAGUCGAAUCUGGCGAUUGCGAGGAGCAGUUUACGUGAGGUCACAAAAGAUGUGCGGAUAGCUAGGUUGUUCAAGAAAUUGAAGAUCAUCUUUGAGAAGAGCCACUGUAUCUCCAGACCAGUCUUUCCAUACAAUGUAAACACGGUGAACUUUGAUGAUGUCGACCGUCUUGCUGAGAAUUUCCCACUGUGUAUGAAACUGCUUCAUCAAAACUUAAGAGAAAAGCACAGACUUGCACACCAUUCAAGGGUAAUCUACACACUUUACCUGAAAGAGAUCGGCCUAACAGUCCAUGAAUCACUAAAAUUCUGGAAACAAGAAUACUCUCAGCCAGCCAAGGAUGACAGCACUCGUGACUGGCAAAAGAAGACAAAGCAUUACACAUACAGUAUCAGACAUCUGUAUGGUCUAGAGGGAUCGCGGAUCAACUACAGGGCUCAUACAUGUCAAGCACUACAAUCAAUCUCCCUAUCCCCAAGAGAUGUCGCUUGUUGUCCAUUCUCACACUUCGACCAAUCGAAUCUACAGACAGCACUCGACAUGGAAGAUAUCCCACAGUUCAUUGCGUCAAACAUACUUGAUCUCUCCGCGAGGAAGCUAUGGAGUGAUGCAUGCGGUUGUUACUUGAGCAAGAGCAUGAAUUUCUUCAAAAAGGCUGUACCAGUUGUUCAGAAGGAACAAGGUGGCACUUGUUGCAAAGAUGAUGACUCAGUCUUGCAAUGUUUGAAAGAAACACAGGAGUUUUUUGCCAGCGAAUCAGAAUGCAAAGUAAAAAAAGAGGUGGAGUACCAAGGCUUGUCGCCCAUUACAGAAUUCGAGGGCGAAGACGAAAUAUUUCUGCUCGAGAAGAUCAAAAUUGAGUACGAGGAGGGUGGUGAGGUGCAGAACACAUCUGGCCAAACUCCUGAACAAAAAUGUCAGCCGUCACCAACAAAAUUGAAUGAGCCAGUGACAAAUGACUCCAAAUUGGCACCAAUCCAUGAAUUGUCCUUGAAACAGAUCCACGGUCUCAAAGCUAUGUCAGAUAUUUGUGUCAGUGGUCUUGAACCUACCUUUAUGUUGAACACUAGUCAACCCUCUGGACAGUUUUCACAAACUUGCGAACAGAAACCCACCAAUACCAACAGUGAUUGUAAAACAGCCUCAAAUAAACUUUCUUUGAACAAACUGGACGUUUUAGCAGGUGUUGUUUCGUCAGACUGUGAUAGUGAUAUCAAAGGUGCACUAGAACAUGCUUAUAUUUCUAAGAAGGACGAUGAAUUUCAAGUGUUCAAGACUUUAACACGAAAGAUUUUAAAACCUGCUGAUUAUUUUAUUGCUUAUACAAACUUGGUAGAGAAGUUGAAAGAUAUUGGUUUGUAACCAUGACAGUGCUAAAAUGUAUUACCAGGUAGUUCAUAAUAUGGUGUUGCUGAAAUAAACCAUUUCUAGAGAAGAAUUCGAAAACGAUAGGAUUGAGGUUAUUCAGAGGACCACUCUUUUCAUCAUAAAGAUCGAGGUUGUGCCCCGUAAAUGGUUUAUUUCACAACGUUGUUGUGCCGCCCACUACGAAAACUGCAUUUCAUGGCAUUUGGUUCACAAGAAAAGUAUACAGGACUAAGGAAUAUAUUAACAGGGCGAAGCCCUGUGAAAUUACCUCAAGGUGAAACCCUACGAAUUUAGGUCAGAAGACAUUAUUUGUUUACAGGGAGAAUCAAUUUCUCCAAAAACAUUUCAAAAACUUCCUCAGGGGCUUUGACCAUAACAUGACCUAGAUUCAAGGUAUUUUAUUCACA